AUGCGUGAGAUUGUGCACCUUCAGACCGGUCAGUGUGGUAACCAGAUUGGUGCCUCUUUCUGGCAAACCAUCGCCGGUGAGCACGGUAUUAACGGCUCUGGACACUAUGAGGGUACUUCUGACCUUCAGUUGGAGAGGAUGAACGUUUACUUCAACGAGGCUGCCGGUGGCAAGUACGUCCCCCGUGCUGUCCUCGUCGACUUGGAGCCCGGAACCAUGGACGCCGUCCGUGCCGGUCCUUUCGGUGAACUUUUCCGCCCCGACAACUACAUCUUCGGUCAAUCCGGUGCUGGUAACAACUGGGCUAAGGGUCACUACACUGAGGGUGCUGAGCUCGUCGACUCUGUCCUCGAUGUCGUCCGUCGCGAGGCUGAGGGCUGUGACUGCCUCCAGGGUUUCCAGAUUACUCACUCUCUAGGUGGUGGUACCGGUGCUGGUAUGGGUACGCUUUUGAUCUCCAAGAUCCGUGAGGAGUACCCCGACAGAAUGAUGGCCACCUUCUCCGUCGUUCCUUCCCCCAAGGUUUCCGACACCGUUGUUGAGCCUUACAACGCCACCCUCUCCGUCCACCAGCUCGUUGAGAACUCCGACGAGACCUUCUGUAUCGACAACGAGGCUUUGUACGACAUCUGUAUGCGUACCCUCAAGUUGACCAACCCCUCUUACGGAGACCUUAACCACCUCGUCUCCGCCGUCAUGUCCGGUAUCACCACCUGUCUUCGUUUCCCUGGUCAGUUGAACUCUGACUUGAGGAAGUUGGCUGUCAACAUGGUUCCCUUCCCCCGUCUCCACUUCUUCAUGGUCGGAUUCGCUCCCCUCACCGCCCCUGGCGCCCGUUCUUUCCGCGCUCUGUCCGUCCCUGAGUUGACCCAGCAGAUGUUCGACGCGAAAAACAUGAUGGCCGCUUCGGACCCCCGUCACGGCCGUUACUUGACCGUCGCUGCUAUCUUCCGUGGUCAGGUCUCCAUGAAGGAGGUCGAGGAGCAGAUGCGCUCCGUCCAGACGAAGAACUCCUCUUACUUCGUUGAGUGGAUCCCCAACAACGUCCAGACCGCACUCUGUUCCAUCCCUCCCCGCAACCUCAAGAUGUCCUCCACUUUCAUCGGUAACUCCACCUCCAUCCAGGAGCUCUUCAAGCGUGUCGGCGAGCAGUUCUCCGCCAUGUUCAGAAGGAAGGCUUUCUUGCACUGGUACACUGGUGAGGGUAUGGAUGUUCUCGAGUUCAACGAGGCAGAGUCUAAUAUGAACGACUUGGUGAGCGAGUACCAGCAGUACCAGGAGGCAGGUGUCGACGAGGAGUUGGAGGAGGGCGAGUACGAGGAGGAGAUGCCCCAGGAGGACAUGUAA